AUCGUAAUCAUGUUUUGAUCCCUCAACAUGCGUCUUCCGGUGGUCUGUCAAAUUUCGGAUAUGGAACGUCUGUGUGAAUUUUACCGUCAUUUAUCAUCAGCCAGCCAAACAUUGUCACCAGCUUUGUCAAGAUACUUUGAGUUGCAGACUGAUCAGUCGAUAUCAAAAGAGGAAAAUAAGAAGUUGAAUCUGGAAAGAUGUAUAUUCUGUCACAACAAGUUCAAAACUGGAAACCACAAAAUCAGCAUACACCCAAGGAUAAGGCUGACACCCAAAAUCAAGCGUCUCCUUGUACGCAGCGAAUGCCAACUGACUAAAUUGGGAGCAUACCAGAAAAAAAUGAUUAAGGAUUAUCACCAAAGUGCCAACCAAGUGAUGGUGAGAUGCAUGGUGUGUCGGAAGACAUCAAAAUACAGGGGCCAAACCAAGACUGAAAGAAAACAUCAACAACAAGAACAACAGCAGCAACUGCAGCUGCACCAAGUCAACAAGAGUACAGAAACAAGUAUGAAAUCAAAGCGCCAAAAGAAACGUGAGAAGGCAGUCGAACGUAGAAAGCGUCAAGAGUUGGAGUUGGGUGCAGGUCUUAAUCUCCCUGAAUCAUCAGCAUGUACGACCACAGAUAAAGCAGCAUGUAAAACACAAAAGUCAACCCUUGUGGAUGACAGGCUUACCAAGUCUUCAGAUACAGUGAAACCAACCAACAUUAAUUCAAGAAACUCAUUUAUCAUAAAGCCCAUUUAUUCAACAAACUCUAUGAAAUCAGCAAACAGUAAUAUUUUGAAAUUAGGCAGCAACAAUUUGGGAAGAUCUUGCCAAGCUGGUCCUGGGAAUAGUACAGCCCAGUCUUUACAGAGUGGUAACAAGUCUGGCAGUAAAAAGAAGAAGUCUGUAAAGCUCACCCAACGGCUGGGAAAUAUGCUGAAAAAGGAGCAGCAUAAACAACAUGGCAGCUCACUCGCAGAUUUCCUCUCAUCCAUUUGAUGUGAAAUCAUUGUAGUUGUAUGAUGCUUAUCAGCACAGAACUGCGGAAAUAUGAAGAUCAGUUGUCUUGGGGGAAAAUCCCAUUUGUAUAUUUAGGCCACUACUUUUAUAUAAAUUAGUUUACAAAACCGGCGGGUCUAUUUUUCCGAAAAGUACAAAAAAAAUAAAAAAUGAAUUUCACUUUUUUUUCAAAAUUAUUUUCCCGACCGUAUUGAUUUUGGUGCGAAACGAAAGAAAAACGAACAGAUGAGAGUACGAAUGCAGUAGAUCUCGACUGGUUUGUUGUUCCUCAGCCGUAUUCGCCAAUUUAUAGUGAUAGCAUGUGAGCCAGUCAACUGUUAUGGCAGCGCCGUUGGCAAUUGCGGGAUUGACGAUAGCAGUCAUUCUUUGUAUGAAAUAAUUAAUUAAAAUAUGCAGGAGUUGUUAAAAUAAGAAUAGCAAAAUACAUUGGCAAAUUUAACAGCCGACACAAACAAUAACUGUCACGUUAUUGUUGUUUUUCCCCGCCAAUUUAGGUCAUGAAAAUAUUGUUGUUUAUAGAUGAAAAAUAAAAGUGUCAGAGGCUGCCAUCGAAUAAGUAGACACAAAUGUCUGUAAGUUAUAUGUGAGAAAAACAUUUUAUAACAUUUUAUGGUUAAAUAUCAAAUAACAGUGCACUUAGUGUGAGUGGUGAAAUCGAAAGUAAAAUUUCUAAGUUGACACUGGUGACCUAGUUUCACAAGUUCGGUCGGUUGGGUUUAUGGAUUUUAAAUCACAAAAUGGUUUUGAAAUACUUGUCAUUGAGUAAAUGUAAAGCUUGUGUUUAUUCUAGAUUACAUGUUUAUUCAUGUUUGGUUAAAUAGUAGAGUAAAGACGGUGAAAGAGUUGAACACAUGUGGCAAUGACAUUUACUAAUGCCAGGAGUUACUUGUGUGCAAAGCAUUUAGAUAAAACAACACGGAAAACUAUUUUGAAUAAGUCCAUUUUAAUUUGUAAUAAACUUGAUAUUUCACUAUAAAUGAGAUUUUUGUUGUAACCAAAGAAUACUCUUUAACAUGAAAAAUAAACAAUCAUGAAGUAUAGAUGCCCUGUGAACGCAUGAUACACAAAAUGGCGGAGUUGGGAGAAGAUGAAAAUAUCCGAUACAUAAUUAUGGAUUUCUCUGUUACUAUCAUUGGUACAUAAAGUUAAGUCACAUGCUAGAUUUAUUAUUUUGCUAUGUGAAUUUUAUGUACUGAUGUGGUUAUUUGCUGCAAGAUUUGAAUUUGAAAUGGAUUUGGUGAACAUCCCAUGGUAAAUAUCCCGGUCCGAAAAUAUCCGGAUUUAGCAUGGAUUGGGUUACACACAACUAGGACCCCGCAUAGUAAAGGUUAUUAAAACUGAAAUCUAGGUCCAGUUUGGUUUUUAGUUUUUUAGGAAUUGAUUUCACAAUAUUAAAGCUCAAAUGUCUUCAUAAAAUGUUUCUUCCUUAUUUACAAAAUUGGAAAUUAUUUUACUUUAUUGACAUUUUCCAAUAUUGAAGUAACUGAAACAAUGUUUAGAAAAUGCAAUGUAUUGUCUUAAUACAGUGCAAUUUUUGUGUAUUUGAAUGCGUAAAAUUCGCCUCCCUUUUUAUUUCAAUUUAAUAUUGGUCAGUUUUUAAGUGUUCUGCAUUCACUUUUGCUUUAUCAUACCCUUAAAGCUAAACAAAUGUCUUGCUGAGUAAUAUUCAAUAUAUCCUUGAUAAAAAGUGUAGUUUAUACAUGUAAACAUGUUUUAUAGUCAAUUUCAUUGAUGUUUUAUAUGCACAGUAUGUAAGAUUUAAACUGUGUUUAAUUAGAACUUUGAAACUUUGAGUGCAUUAAAACAUGCAUUAAUAGCAGUUUAAAAAUUUAAAAUGUCAAGUAAAUGAUAUAAGUUUUCAAUGUG